GUAUAAUCUCGUAUGUUAUGCAUCACAACUAACAAAUACUCCACUUUGUAGGAUGCUCUUGCCUUGGGUGCCGAUGGGAAUGAAAAAGAGAUGCUGUCAAUUACCCUUUUUCAUUCUCUUGUGUGCACUUGUGCUUCUUCAAGCCUUGAAACUUGGCUUCUGCUACGAGAGUUCCAAGGCGGUGGCGGGUUGCAUAGAAGCUGAGAAAAAAGCACUUCUCAAAUUCAAAGGUGGUCUCUCGGCCCCUCGGGCCGGCUCUCUUCUUGGGUUGGAAAAGAUUGUUGUGCAUGGAGAGGCGUGAUUUGCGACAACAGAACAGGCAACGUUGUGAAGUUAAAACUCCAAAAUCCGUUUUCAAGUAAUAUUGAUACUGAUGGAAUGGAUUAUGAAUUGGGAGGGGCGAUUGGUCCAUCUUUACUCGACUUGAAGUAUUUGAGGUACUUAGACUUGAGCAAGAAUAACUUUGAAGGUAGACGAGUUCCAAAUUUCUUUGGAUCUCUCACAAAGUUGAGGUAUCUCAAUCUCUCCGGCGCAUCUUUUGGUGGGGCAAUCUCACCAAGUUUGGGAAACCUUUCCAGCUUGCUUUAUCUGGAUCUCAGCAAUAACUUUGCUCCAUAUUUAGAGGCCAAGGAUUUGAGUUGGGUAUCAAGUCUUUCCUCUUUGAGGUACCUAAAUUUGGGAGGUGCGAACCUGAGCGAGGCCUCAUCUCAUUGGCUUCAAAGUGUUAAUUUGCUUCCUUCCCUUGUAGAAUUACACUUGCCUCAAUGUCAGCUUCUCAACCUCCCGCCAUCUCUUCCAUCCAUGAACCUCACAUCUCUCUUAGUACUUGAACUUUCCAACAAUGGCUUCAACUCCCCUGCUAUACCCUAUUGGUUGUUCAAUCUUAGUGCCCUCGAAAAUCUUGAUCUAUCACAGAAUUCCUUGGGAGGCCAGCUGCCAACAAGUUUAGGAAAGCUUUGCAAUUUACAGAUAUUAAAGCUUUCUUUAAACAGUUUUAGCGGUGAGGUAACUGAAUUAAUCAAUGCUUUAUCAGGAUGCACUAAUAGCAGGUUAGAGACAUUGGACUUGGGAUACAACACACUGUCAGGAAGUCUCCCCAAUUCAUUGGGCUAUCUAAAGAACUUGAAGGAUCUUCAACUAUGGCGAAACAUGUUUACAGGUUCAAUUCCUAACUCCAUAGGAAAUUUAACUUCCUUGGAGUCCUUGUACCUCUCUUAUAAUCAAAUGAGUGGUAGCAUCCCGGACAAUCUUGGGCAGCUCUCAUCAAUAGUAGUGCUAGAACUCUCUGAGAAUCCAUGGCAAGGUGUCAUAACUGAAACCCAUUUGGCAAAUCUCUCAAGCUUAAAAGAGUUGACAAUGACUAAAGCUUCGCCCAAUAUCUCAGUGGUCUUCAAAAUUGAUCCUCAUUGGCUUCCUCCUUUCAAACUCAGAUAUAUCAACAUCAGAUCAUGCCGAUUAGGUCCCAAAUUCCCCACAUGGCUUCAAGAUCAAAAUGAGUUGAAAACUGUGGUACUAAACAAUGCAAGAAUUUCAGGCCCCUUACCUGAUUGGCUAUUAAAGUUGGAUGUGCUUGUUGAUGAACUAGAUGUCGCUUACAAUAACUUAAGCGGACAGGUGCCUAACUCACUGCGCUUCAGUUACCUAUCUACUGUUGAUCUGAGUUCAAACCGCUUCGAGGGCCCUCUACCACUUUGGUCUCCCAAUGUAAGUGCACUUUAUUUGAGGGAUAACUUGUUCUCUGGGCCAAUUCCUACUGACCUUGGUGAAGCAAUGCCAUUAUUGACAGACUUAGAUAUCUCCCGGAACUAUCUAAAUGGUAACAUUCCCUUGUCAAUAGGCAAUCUGACAGACAUGACCAACCUAGCCAUCUCAAAUAAUCGACUCUCUGGAAUAAUUCCAAACAUUUGGAAUGGAAUGACAUCUCUAUACUUCAUUGAUAUGUCAAACAACAGUUUAUCCGGUAAGAUCCCAAGCUCAAUAGGCUUCCAAGGUUGUUAUAUCGUAUUUCUAUUUCUGGGUAAGAAUAAUCUUUCAGGGGAAGUUCCAUCCAGCUUGCAGAAAUGCACAAUUAUGGAUACUCUUGAUAUUGGUGACAAUAAACUCUCUGGAAAUCUUCCAUCUUGGAUCGGAGAAACCAUGCUAUCUUUAUUGAUUCUUAGUGUGAGAAACAAUUCAUUUACAGGAAACAUUCCUUCGCAAAUAUGCCAUCUCUCUGAUCUCCACAUAUUGGAUCUUUCAAACAAUAAGUUUACAGGAAUAAUUCCAACCUGUUUAGGGAAUUUGAGUGGCUUCAAAGCUGCGCUUAAUUCUACGCGAUAUGAGGGGAAGUUGCAGGUGGCCACAAAGGGAAGCUUACUCAUCUUCGGAGAAUCCAACCUCUACCUUGUAAACAGCAUAGAUCUGUCCAAAAAUAACUUGUCUGGAGGCAUUCCACAAGCACUAACAACACUUUCAAGAUUGGGCACCUUGAUCUUGUCAGGGAAUCAGUUGACAGGAAAGAUUCCAGAGAAGAUUGGGGAUUUGGGAGCUUUAGAAACCCUCGAUCUCUCCCACAACAGACUCGUGGGUCGAAUUCCAACGAACAUGGCGUCUUUAACUUUUCUGAGUCACUUGAACCUGUCAUACAACAAUUUGUCUGGUGAAAUACCUACAAGCAACCAGUUUCAAACCCUCAUCGAUCCAUCGAUUUACGAGGGCAACCCUGCGCUUUGUGGGACUCCCCUGGCCAAAUGCGAUGAUAAUGGAAACAAACCUUCCAAUGGGGGCAAAGAAGAAGAAGAUGAAGAUGAAGAUGCCGAUGGUUGGCUGGAGAAGCUGUGGUUCUGGUUGACUGUAGCAUUAGGCUUCUUCAUCGGAUUUUGGGGAGUCUCUGGCACUCUGGUGAUGAAGAAACGCUACAGAGAUGCUUACUUCAGUUUUCUCAACAAAAUUAAAAUGUAA